AUGAGUGGAAUAUUAUUCAAGAUGGGAGAAGUUAACAAAUCAUGGAAGGAAAGGUUUUUCAUUCUGGAAGAGGACAAAUUAUUUUACUAUAAAAAUUCGGAAAGCUCCAAAGCUAUUGCAUACAUACCUUUGAACGAUGCAUAUGUUAGAGUAUCUCCUGAAUUUUAUCCUAAACAAGCAUGUUUUGAAAUUGUCACAUCACAAAGAAUAUACAAAUUAAUGGCUGCAAAUUUUGAAUUGAUGAAAACAUGGAUACAUCACUGCCAGACAUUUAGUAAAAUAAGUAUGGAAAAUGAGCUGAUACGACAAGCAGAUAUUCAAAUUCAUGAUGUUGAAUCUGGACUAACAAAAAAAGCCUUGGAAGAAUUACAUUUCGAACCAAUAUCAUUAGAAAAUUUUUAUUUUUCAUGUAGAUAUAAUAGAGAAGAAGACUAUUCAAAUAGUUUGGAAUUUGAUUUAAUAAGAGGAUUGAAUAAUACAUCGAUAACGAACAGAAUGAAUAAUGCAAGUAGUGUGGUACUAUCAAAUCAACUAUCUGACGAUGAAGACUCUUUACAAAUGGUUGAUAAAAAGAAUAUUGACCUCUCAAAAAAACACUCUCCAUCCAUAGCCUCCCAAACACCUGCAACUGAAGAAAAUCAAGAAUUGAUUGAUAGGAUUGGAACAGAAUAA